AUGACCCUCUCAAACAACAAGGUGGCCAACGAUGACAAUGCCAGCUCAUCAAAGGCAGUGGAGGAGGCAAAGGCUCUUGUAGAUGCGCUGAACAAGGUAGUGGCGUGCUACCGGCACCUGGCCGCAUGCGUGGGUGGCUGUACAGAUGGCGCAAACCUGCGGGAUGAGCUGCGCCGAACGCGGGAGCGGGCACAGGAGCUGGCCCUGGCAAACCGGCAGCGCCUGACCACCAGUCUGCGGGACAAGUCCCUGCCCACAGAGGAGAGGCUGGAGAUGGAGCUACUGUGGGUGGCCUUCUCCUCCAGUCUAGAGCUCUUCCACGCCGACAUGUGCAAGGUCUUUGACAUGGGUCACAGCUUUUCUCUCUCCAAGGCCAGUGCCUUUGUGCAGACAGGCAUUCAAGGGGAGACCACAGAGGUGGCUGCCCGGGCCCUGAGUCUGCCAGACCUGAACCGCGAUGAGACCCCAGCCAGCGUGGAGCGGCUGGAGCAGACUGAUCUGGAGGUAGAGAUCGCUCGGGUGGACCAGAUGAUUGAGGAAAUGGAGCAGAAGGUCAGCGUGCUGCGGUGGACGGUGGAAGCCCGGGGGCCACAAUACGCUGACCCAGCCAGCACCGACAGCGCUUCGCUAGCCCUGCUGUCCGGGAACGAGGAGGACCCGAGUCGCUGCUGUGACCGCAGCCAGAUGUUUGUGACCCUGCUGCUGUGUGGGGUGGCAGCCGUGGCUGUGGCACUGUCCGUCUGUGUGGUCUACUUGGCAUAAGCUCCACCCUCAGCUUCCACCGAGGCCUGUCUCCUUCCAUUUAUCAGACACCAAGGAAGCCAGUGUCCACCCAGGGCAGCUUUGGAGAACCCCAGGAAGGACUCUAUAAGCCAUGCAUUUCUUUUUUUCUUCUCCAUUCUGGUGCAAGUUGGACACAGAGGAGCCUUUGAGAACUUGAUGCUGAAGUUGUGGUUACAGUGAUGGAUUGUCAUUGCA